AUGUUUUUGAGUUUGAUAAGGGUUAAUAUGUUUUUGCUCUGCUCUGCCUCUGCGGCUAAUUAUGACUACACAAGUGCGCUCGGCAAGGCCAUAUUGUUCUUCGAAGGGCAGCGCUCCGGCAAACUUCCAGCGAACCAGAGGGUCAACUGGAGGGGAGACUCAGCUCUCACCGACGGCGACCUUGAUGCCGUUAAUUUAGUUGGAGGAUACUAUGAUGCGGGUGACAACAUUAAGUUCGGAUGGCCGAUGGCAUUCUCAGUGAGCUUGUUGAGUUGGGCAGCCAUUGAGCACCACAACGAGAUCUCUUCAGCCGGCCAGAUGGGCCAUCUCCGGGAAGCAAUCCGCUGGGGCGCUGAUUUCAUAUUAGCAUCUCACACUUCCCCCACCACACUCUACACCCAGGUGGCAGAUGGGGCCGGAGAUCACCAGUGCUGGGAGCGUCCAGAAGACAUGGACACUCCCCGGACACUCUACAAGAUAACUUCAAGUUCGCCGGGCACCGAGCCAGCAGCCGAGGCUGCCGCCGCUCUCUCUGCUGCAGCUAUUGUCUUCAAAAGGGUUGAUUCCAGCUAUUCUGCCGAAUUAUUAAGCCAUUCGAAAUCGCUGUUUGAGUUCGCAGACAAGCACAGGGGGUCCUACCAGGUCUCCUGUCCUUUCUAUUGCUCUUUCUCUGGCUAUGAGGAUGAGCUGAUGUGGGCUGCGGCGUGGCUGCACAAGGCGACCGGAGAAGGUGGCUACCUCGACUAUGUGUCGAGCAACCAGGACUGGAGCCAGGCGGUGCCGGAGUUCAGCUGGGACAACAAAUUCGCCGGAGUUCAGACGUUACUAGCCAAGGAAUUUUACAGCGGAAAGUCUAAUCUGGAGAAAUUUAAGAUGGAUGCCGACUUGUUUGUUUGCUCACUUAUGCCUGGGAAUACUGCACAGAUUCGCACAACACCGGGUGGGCUUCUGUACACCAGAGAUAGUAGCAAUCUCCAGUACGUAUCAAGCGCUACCAUGGUGCUAUUUAUCUACUCCAAAAUCCUUGAGGCAGCUAAAGUUGAAGGAAUUCAAUGUGGUUCUGAGCAUUUCUCUCCCACUCAGAUCAAGUCCUUCGCCAAAUCACAGGUGGAUUACAUAUUGGGAGACAACCCAAUGAAGAUGUCAUAUAUGGUGGGGUUUGGCGGCAAAUACCCAACGCAGUUGCACCACAGAGGGGCCUCCAUUCCGUCAAUUCAAGUUCACCCAGCCAAAGUGGCCUGCAAUGAAGGCUACGCAAACUGGUAUCCUUCCUCCAAACCGAAUCCAAACAUCCAUGAAGGUGCCAUAGUUGGAGGGCCAGAUUCCAGUGAUCAGUUCAGUGAUUUGAGAUCCGCUUACUCUCAUUUGGAGCCCACAACCUACAUGAAUGCAGCUUUUGUGGGCUCAGUGGCUGCUUUGGUUGGUGAAAGUGGAGCUGACCACUGUUGGCAAGUGCCGGAUCUUAAUGGAACCACCGGAGCGGUUGAAGAUGUUUAG